AUGGUCCACGUGAGAAUCACAGCCAUUGAUUUUGGGAUCGUCAGUGUGGAGGAGUAUCCAACGGGCCUGGUGCAUCUGGGGGGGCAGUACCUGGAGCAGGUGGCAUCUAUGCUGGGCCUAUCCCUGUCAUUCCAUGGAAUUGAAACCACACCACACGACUUCCACCCAUCGCAAGUGGAGGUGGAUGAAGGGGAGGAGGUAGUGGUGUUGGCCAAUUGGGGCCUCAUGGUCUUUCCAGAUGACACAGUGCUUCGCUCAAAUCCCCGCAAUGCCAUUCUCAAGUGGAUUCGGGACCUGCGCCCGCUGCUCCUCCUCCAAGUUGACAUAGACCUCGAUGCCAAUGGGCCCUUCUUCCUCUCGCGCUUCCACGCUGCGUUUGCCAACUUUGCCGCGUUCGUUGAGUCGUUUGAUGCCACCAUGCCGCACUCUGCCACGCCACGUUUCGUUGUGGAAAGCAUUAUGGCUCGGGACUUUCUAAAUGGUGUUGCAUGCGAGGGCAUGAACAGAUGGCUGCGGGCGGAGCGACUGGAGAAAUGGGUGCAUCGGAUGAGAGCGGUGGGGCUGGAGCCGGUGCCGAUAGGGUCGGACACAGUGGCUGCUGGGAGGGAGAUCACGGAGGGCAGGGAUGGGCGGUUCAGGUUAGAAGUUUAUGCUGAGAGUGGCGCCCUGCAGCUCAGCUGGCGUGGUGUUCCCAUGAUCUUCAUAGCGGCCUGGAGAUGA